CGCGGCCGCGCUGCAGCCCAUAAAGCGCAGAGGGAGCCCUGGUCGAGAGUGUAGGUCCGCACCUGCGGACAUGCAGUGAGCAACCAUCCGCGGGACUGCAGCCCUGCGACCAGCAUCCGGCGGCCGCUGCGAGGGAGAGCCCGUCGUGCUCCAGAUCAAGAUGCAGAGGUGCACUAGUUUCCUGUUUCUGUCUUUAAUCCUUUGUGCCACCCUGUCAGAAACAAUGGGACUGGUUUUCUCAGCAAAAGAAAAAAGGGGCUGGACUUUGAAUAGCGCUGGUUACCUGCUUGGGCCACGUCGUAUUGAUCAGCUUUUACUGAUAAACGAAAUGCCCACUGCAAGGGGGAGAGAAGAGGCACCAGGGGCAUAUGCAGUAGAUAACCACAGGUCUUUUAAUGACAAACAUGGUUUCACUGGCAAACGUGAAAUACAGCCUGAGGAGGAUAUUAAAGCAGGGAAUCUUGGAAGACCACUGGCUGAUGAAAAUAUUGUGCGCACAAUAAUUGAAUUUUUGACUUACUUGCAUCUUAAAGAGGUGGGAGCCCGUGACGAGCUCCCUUCACCAGAGGAAACAAACCAGACUUGAAGAAUGGGUUUUUAUUUUGUUGUAGUGUAGAUUUAGGUUGAAUUUUAAACAGAAGAUCCAAAGGAGAGAAAGAUGAGAAAUACUGUUUGCAUUAAUCUGUUCAGUUGUAAACAGCAUUCUGCCUUCUGUUUUGUUUGUGUCUCUCUGUUUGCCUCUCACAUACCCCCCACCCCCACCUUUGCCCCCUGUAAAGUUAUAUUGUGAAAUUUUUCCUUGGUAUGUUUUUUCUGUAGGGAAAUGCUAAAAUAAAAGUAAAGAGCAACUA